AUGAGCUUGGUUUUCGCCAUUAAUGGACAAAGGUUCGAGCUUGAGCUCUCCUCCGUCGACCCUUCAACAACUUUGUUGGAGUUUCUCCGUUAUCAGACUACUUUCAAGAGCGUUAAGCUAAGUUGUGGCGAAGGAGGAUGUGGCGCUUGUGUUGUUCUCCUCUCCAAAUACGAUCCCAUCCAACAAAAUGUCGAAGAUUUCACAGUCAGCUCUUGCCUCACACUCCUCUGCAGCGUAAACCGUUGCAGCAUCACAACAUCAGAAGGACUUGGCAACAGCAGAGACGGUUUCCACUCGAUUCACAACCGGUUCUCCGGUUUCCACGCCUCUCAAUGCGGUUUCUGCACACCGGGGAUGUCCGUCUCUCUCUUCUCUGCUCUCCUAGACUCUGACAAGUCGAAAGCCUCUGCCUUUACCGUUGUCGAGGCGGAGAAAGCCGUCUCAGGGAACUUAUGCCGGUGUACCGGAUACCGUCCGAUUGUUGACGCUUGCAAGAGUUUUGCUUGUGAUGUAGAUAUUGAGGAUCUUGGAUUCAACUCUUUCUGCAAGAAAGGUGAUUGCUUGCCUCGGUUUGACAGUGAGAAACGUGUCUGUACGUUUCCGGAGUUUCUCAAGGAUGAGAUUAAGUCUAUGGAGUCAGGAGUGUACAAAUGGUGCAGCCCGGAGAGUGUUGAGGAGCUUAAGAGGUUGUUGGAAGGUUUUAAGGCUAAUGGUGAUGGAGUUUCUAUCAAACUUGUUGCUGGUAACACAGGGACAGGAUACUAUAAGGAUGAAAGAGAGAAGAGUUAUGACAAAUACAUUGAUUUAACUCGAAUUCCGGAGAUGAAAGAGAUCAGAGAAAGUCACAGUGGGGUUGAGAUUGGAGCUGUGGUGACAAUUUCUAAAGUUAUCGCUGCUCUGAAGGAGGUUAAGGUCAAAAUGUUUGGGAAACUCGCUGUUCAUAUGGAGAAGAUCGCGGCGAGGUUCAUCAGGAACUUUGGCAGCAUUGGAGGGAAUCUUGUGAUGGCUCAGAGGAGACAGUUUCCUUCUGACAUGGCUACAAUACUUCUUGCAGCUGGUGCGUUGGUUAACACAAUGAGCUUGUCAAGAGGAAUUGAGAAGCAAACACUUGAAGAGUUUCUUGAGGGAUCUCCUCUUGAGGCUCAUGAUCUUGUUUUGAGUAUAGAAAUUCCGUUUCCGCGCUGUGAAACGAGCUCUGAGUUGCGUUUUGAGACUUAUAGAGCUGCACCGCGUCCACAGGGAAGUGCUCUGGCUUACCUCAACGCUGCUUUCUUAGCUCAGGUGAAGGAUACAAUGGUGGUUAGCUGUAGAUUGGCUUUUGGUGCUUAUGGGACGAAACAUGCCAUUAGAUGUAAAGAAGCUGAAGAGUAUCUCUGUGGGAAAGUGAUCACUGAAAAGGUUCUGCAUGAAGCUGUUACCAUUCUUGGCAAGAACAUUGUGCCUCAGGACGGUACAAGCAAUCCUGCUUACAGAUCAAGCUUGGCGGGAGGCUUCCUUUUCGAGUUUCUUCGCAGUUUGAUAACUCAGACUAAAGAUAAACCUUCAAAUGGUUACCACUGUGAUCCGCAGAAGCCAUUGCCAGUGUUGUCUUCUUCACAGAUUGUUCCUAUACACAAUGAAUAUCAUCCGGUUGGUCAGCCUGUUACUAAAUCUGGAGCUUCUCUUCAAGCUUCCGGUGAGGCUGUCUACGUUGAUGACAUUCCAGCUCCUGCAAACUGUCUCUAUGGAGCUUUCAUCUAUAGCAAGAAGCCAUACGCUCGGAUUAAAGGUAUAGGGUUCAAGGAAAGCUCUGUACCUGAUGGAGUUCUUGCAGUCAUUUCUUGCAAGGAUAUUCCAAAAAGUGGAGAGAAUAUUGGUUUGAAGUUUUCUUUGGGCACUGAGCCUUUAUUCGCUGAAGAGUUCACCAAUAGUGUAGGACACUGCAUUGCCCUCGUGGUUGCAGAUACGCAGAGACAUGCGGAUGCUGCAGCAAAUCUUGCAGUGGUUGAAUACGAAACAGAGGAUUUGGAACCACCGAUCUUAACACUGGAAGACGCGGUCAAGAAACAGAGUUUUUUCGAGAUUUUCCCUUUCUUAUACCCACAACAAGUUGGUGACACAUCAAAAGGGAUGGCUGAAGCUGAGCAUCGACUUCUCAGCUCGGAAAUUAGACUGGGGUCACAGUACUUCUUCUACAUGGAGACACAAACAGCUCUUGCAGUGCCAGAUGAAGACAACUCCAUGGUUGUCUAUAGCUCAUGUCAGAUGCCUCAGUACGUACACACCACAGUCGCUACUUGCUUAGGCAUCCCUGAGAACAACGUUCGUGUCAUAACGAGACGUGUUGGUGGAGGUUUUGGAGGAAAAGCUGUAAAAGCAAUCCCUGUUGCAACAGCGUGUGCUCUUGCUGCUCAUAAACUACAGCGUCCUGUAAGGACUUAUGUUAACCGUAAAACCGAUAUGAUCAUGACUGGUGGGAGGCAUCCAAUGAAGAUAACUUACACUGUGGGGUUCAAAUCCACAGGGAAGAUCACAGCUUUGGAGCUAGAGAUACUGAUUGAUGCAGGGGCUACUCUUGGUCUAAGUGUGAUGAUGCCAUCAAAUGUCAUUGGAGCUCUCAAGAAGUAUAAUUGGGGAGCCUUGUCUUUUGAUGUGAAGCUUUGCAAAACAAAUCUUCUAAGCAAAGCAAUCAUGAGAGGUCCCGGGGAUGUUCAGGGUACUUAUAUUGCUGAGGCCAUUAUCGAAAAUGUAGCUUCUAGUCUCUCCUUGGAGGCUGAUACCAUAAGAAAGAUUAAUCUCCAUACAUAUGAGAGCCUAGCUUUGUUCUACAAGGAUAGUGCCGGUGAGCCACAUGAGUAUACUUUGCCUUCAAUGUGGGAUAAACUAGGGGUGUCUUCGAAGUUCGAAGAGCGGGUUUCGGUUGUUAGAGAGUUCAAUGAGUCUAACAUAUGGAGGAAACGAGGGAUAUCAAGAGUACCCAUCACUUAUCCGGUUAAUAUGUAUGCAACUCCAGGGAGAGUUAGUGUUUUAAGCGAUGGGACUAUCGUUGUUGAGGUUGGUGGAAUCGAGUUAGGACAAGGGUUAUGGACAAAAGUGAAGCAGAUGACUAGUUAUGUUCUUGGUUCGCUGCAAUGUGAUGGAAGUGAAGAGCUGUUGGAGAAGAUAAGAGUUGUUCAAUCAGAUACAUUGAGUAUGGUCCAAGGAAACUUUACAGGAGGUAGUACAACAUCUCAAGGAAGCUGUUCAGCUGUUCGUCUCUGUUGUGAAACUUUAGUCAAAAGAUUGAAACCUUUGAUAGAGAGAUCAGAUGGUCCCAUGAGCUGGAAUAAGUUGAUUUCUCAGGCCUAUGCUCAGUCUGUGAACUUAUCAGCUAGUGACUUGUAUGCUCCAGGACAAACUUCAUCGCAAUACUUGAACUACGGUGUUGCAGUUAGCGAGGUUGAAGUAGAUCUUGUGACCGGACAAACCACGGUUCUACAGACAGAUAUCUUAUAUGACUGCGGAAAAAGCCUGAAUCCGGCUGUUGAUUUAGGACAGAUUGAAGGAUCUUUUGUACAAGGACUUGGUUUUUUCAUGCUUGAAGAGUACAUAACAGAUUCAGAAGGACUCGUUGUGACAGACAGUACAUGGACAUACAAGAUCCCGACCAUUGACACCAUUCCUAGACAGUUCAAUGUCGAGAUGCUGAACAGUGGAUGCAAUGAAAAACGUGUUCUCUCUUCCAAAGCUUCAGGAGAGCCUCCGUUGUUACUGGCAGCUUCUGUGCACUGUGCGACAAGAGAGGCGGUUAAAGAAGCUCGAAAACAGCUAAGGAUAUGGAAAGGUGAAGAUGGUCCAGGCUCAACAUUUCAGUUGCCUGUUCCGGCUACAAUGCCGGUUGUGAAGGAGCUAUGUGGCUUAGACAUCGUUGAAAGCUACUUGGUGUGGAAAUUAAGUGUAAACUCAAGAUAA